GGGAUUCCAUCGUUGUUGCUUCUACUCCUACGCGCAGCAUCUGCUAGGGCAUAUUCCACUGCCUUCUUCUUAUCCCCUUCCGCCUCCUACUUAACAAGGUGGCCCCGUGGCAUGGAGAACUGGGAAAGGAGUGAUCGACUGGCAGAUGGGGAGGUGGCGGCAAGCUCCUCGCCCACUCGGGCUUCUCUUGGCCGCGAUCUUGGUGGGAAUAGUGGGUCGAUGCGAUGGAGGGAUCAGCAGCGCUUAUGUGAGGAAGGCGGAGAAGACCAUUGACAUGCCGCUCGACAGCGAUGUGUUCCGAGUGCCGCCGGGUUACAACGCACCGCAGCAGGUGCACAUUACCCAAGGUGAUCUUGAUGGCACUGCCAUGAUCAUAUCAUGGGUGACUGAGGAUGAACCUGGCUCCAGUGAAGUACUCUAUGGGACUGAUGAGAAUAAUCUUGAUUUAUCGGCCGAAGGCUUAUAUACUCGAUACAAGUUUUACAACUACACCUCAGGCUACAUCCAUCAUUGUACUAUCAGCAAUUUGAAGCACGAUACUAAAUACUACUAUGCUAUUGGAAUUGGAGAUGCAAUUCGAAAAUUCUGGUUCAUAAGUCCACCUGAAGUUGGUCCAGAUGUUCCUUACACUUUCGGUCUUAUUGGUGAUCUAGGACAGAGUUAUGACUCUAACAUCACUUUAGCUCAUUAUGAGUCAAAUCCAAAUGCACAAGCAGUUCUAUUUCUUGGUGACCUUUCUUAUGCUGAUAAAUAUCCAUACCAUGACAAUGUUAGAUGGGAUACGUGGGGGAGAUUUGUCGAGAGAAAUGCUGCAUAUCAACCUUGGAUUUGGACAGCAGGAAAUCAUGAGAUUGAUUAUGCUCCAGAACUAGGUGAAACAAUACAGUUUAAGCCAUACACGCACAGAUACUGGACUCCUUUUGAAUCAUCAGGCAGUACAGAGCCAUAUUGGUACUCUAUCAAGAUGGCAUCAGCACACAUUAUUGUUGUGGCAUCAUAUUCAGCAUAUGGUAGAUACAGUCCUCAGUUCAAAUGGCUUGAAGCAGAACUGCCCAAGGUGAAUAGGAGCUUGACACCAUGGUUGAUUGUUCUAAUGCAUGCGCCAUGGUACAACAGCUACAAUUAUCACUAUAUGGAAGGGGAAUCUAUGAGAGUGAUGUAUGAAUCAUGGUUUCUCAAAUACAAAGUUGAUGUUGUAUUCGCUGGUCAUGUCCAUGCCUAUGAACGUAGUUAUAGAGUAUCGAAUAUCGCUUACAAUAUAGUGAAUGGUAAAUGUGACCCAGUUCCUGACGAAUCAGCCCCUGUAUAUAUCACUGUCGGCGAUGGAGGGAAUCUCGAAGGGCUUUCUACCAAUAUGACAGAGCCGCAGCCAAGUUACUCGGCUUUCAGAGAAUCAAGCUUUGGCCAUGCUAUCUUCGAGAUCAAGAAUAGAACACAUGCUUACUAUACCUGGCAUAGAAACGAUGAUGGAAAUGCUGUCGCCGCCGACUCAAUGUGGUUCUACAACAGAUACUGGCAGACCGCUGAGACGACUUCAGCCGUGUAAAGUGAGCCAGUAAGAACUUAAAGGUUUUAUUCCUGCAAACAAAUGACAAUGUCGCUGUGAAAAAGAGAUGAGAAAUCACUUGUGGCAUUGUGUUUUAAGCUCUCAGGAGUUGUGUAAGUAUAUAAGCAUCCCGUAAGCCAGGAGCUAUAUGUUUAAUUUGUUUAUGUAAAACAGUCUUAUAACUGCUACUUAAUCUCAAACAAAAUAUUAUUCUCUUCUAUGAAUACAACUUAAUUACAGUGAUAUAAAGAAGUUGAACUC